ACUCAAUAAUCGAGUCAAGUUCGGGAAAUUGUAAGCCGGGCGUGUUUGAAAUGGCGCAUUUAUUAGACGCAACUUUCAUUUGCUUAUUCUCUUUCCUGAUUUUGAGCUGUUUCAGAUCUUCUAACUCGUUUGACGCUGACGCAACAAAUCUCCAAGAACAAAUACAACAAUUACGAGGAAAUUAUGAACGCAUGGAAGUAAAAGUCAGUGAACUGACGGAGAAAGUCACCCAAUUGGAGACCCAACUUCAUAAGGAAACAUCAAUCAAGACUAAAGUUCUCGGGAGUGAAAACGACAUGAGAAGAUCGUGCAGUGAGAUCAAAUCAGCAUACCCUGAAAUGGAUUCAGGAAUGUACUGGAUCGAUCCGGACGGCCAAGAAGUUGGCGACGACCCCAUUGAAGUCCAUUGUGACAUGAAUUUAGGUAUUACAAGUAUUUUACACGACAGCGAAGAAUACGUGGAAGUGGAUAACUGUUACGAUCCCGGAUGCUACAGCAGAGACAUUCACUAUUCAGCCAGCGAUAGGCAGAUUACAAAGUUAAUUGAGCUGUCAAACGAAUGUCACCAGUACUUUGAAUACGAUUGCAUCGAAGCACCGUUCGAGUUCGAUGGCCAACAGGUUUCAUGGUGGGACGACCGACAUGGAGACCAGCAACACUUUUGGUCCGGAAAACACACAAGUGGUCACACAUGUGACUGCGGCAUCAACAGUAACUGUUUGGAUUCAUCCGCCGAAAAAUGCAACUGUGACUCAAAAUUAUCAUCCCCGCAAUCCGAUGAAGGAAUCAUCACCGACAAGAGCAUCUUACCAAUCAAACGUCUUCAUUUCGGCCAUACCUCCACCGGAUCUGGCGGACACACUCUGGGGAGAUUUCAGUGCUCGGGCGAGACGGCGAAUGAAAUUGUUAACGAAAGGGCGAGCUCAUGUGCAGACUUGAGAGCAUUGGGGCAUUCCUCUAGCGGAUUCUAUUUAGUCCAAGGAGCCGAAAUAGUCGAAACGGUUUACUGUGAUUUCUCAAAAUUACAGAGCGAAGAAGGUUUUGAGACUUGGGUCGGAUACGCCGAUCUCAAACCGGAACCAACUCAUUCCGGAAUGCCAACGUCCUGUGCCGAUUUGAGGGGAAUAGGACACACUUCUUUCUCCAGCGGAUUUUAUCCCAUUAUGGGGGAGAAGUUGGUGGAAAUGGUUUACUGCGAAUUCCCCAUAUCUCCGCAAAAAGAAGUGCUUGAGGAAUGGAUGGGGUACGCGGAUCUCAAGCCGGAACCCACAUUCGCUGGAUUGCCAAGGUCCUGUGAUGAUUUGUUGGGAAUAGGACACACGACCUUCUCAAGUGGAUUUUAUCCCAUUUUGGGGGAGACGUUUGUCGAAAUGGUUUACUGCAACUUUGACACAUCACCAAAAAGUACCAUCGAUUCCCAGAUCGAUUUGGGAGUCAUUGACGUCAAAUCAAACUCAACCUUUUUCUACGGUCAGAGAACUACCCCAUACGUCCCAAAACCUGGCCUUACUCCGAAUAUACCAUUCGACGCUCCCCCAUACAGCCCACUUAAUUUUAAUGUGCUCAACAUCGGUAGUGGAUGAGACGCAUUAUUCGACCACUUUCAGGCCCCAGUCAAAGGUCGAUACUUUUUCUCCGUGUCCGGAAUUGCAACUUGUCGAACCGCUACGUUGACAUGCAAGUGCACCGCAUCCCUGAGGAAAAAAACUACCGCAGGUGUCGACCCAUCCACGGUUGGGAGUGCAAUGGGCGAGGUCGACAUGGAGAGGCGAGAUAAAACCAGCACCGACUCGGAAACGUUUUCUAUUCAAGCGACGCUCGAUUUGAACAAGGGCGAUAAAAUCUGGUUGGAAGUUGACUUGCUGACUUCCUCGCCCGUAGCAAAUUUGUACGACGACUUCAGACAUUUCACUCAUUUCACCGCAAUAUUGCUACAGGAAGACAUAAUCGAUUCACUGGAAUUGUAUCUGUAGAUACAGCAUUUUUAUAGCGCCUUCGAGACCGUUUUUAAAUUUUCUAUUAAAAUUAAUUCACCUGCUUGACAAAUGACUAAAGGGACGCUAACUACACGAAACUGUUGAUCUACAUAAGCGUGCAUAAAUUCACAUAGUAUAAGGGGGAAACCCGAAUUUUACCAAAAUGCCAAUACAAAUAUUUAACUGA